CAAGAAUACUGGUGUCGGUUGCCAUUUCCACAUGCUGCCAUUUGAUUGCCGAAUUGUCUGCCUUCAGAGCCAUAAUGAAAGGAAAGUGACCUGUAAACAUCCAGUCACAGGACAGCCGUCCCAGGACAAUUGUAUUUUUGUAGUAAAUGAACAGACUGUUGCAACCAUGACAUCUGAAGAAAAAAAGGAACGACCUGUAAGUAUGAUAAAUGAAGCUUCUAACUAUAACAUGACUGCAGACUAUGCGGUGCAUCCAAUGAGCCCUGUAGGGAGGACUUCACGGGCCUCAAAAAAAGUUCAUAAUUUUGGGAAGAGAUCAAAUUCAAUUAAAAGGAAUCCUAAUGCACCUGUGGUCAGACGAGGCUGGCUUUAUAAACAGGACAGCACUGGCAUGAAGCUAUGGAAGAAACGCUGGUUCGUGCUUUCUGAUCUUUGCCUCUUUUAUUAUAGAGGUGAGUUUACUACCAGAAACUGUAGAAUGAAGCAAGCCUUGAGAUGCAGAUCGGCGUGCAAGAGGCUUUCUGGGGAGUGGUCUUGGUAUCAGGACCUGGGGCUGGGGAGGAAGGGAAGUAGGACAGCACAGAAGGAAGAGUUAGGCUUCCCUGCAGUCCGGGAAAGGCCUCGCUGA